AUGCCCUUAGGGUUUUGCCACAUCUCACCCCUUCUUCGUUGUCUGCAUUGGCUUCCUGUUAAAGCCCGGAUAGAAUUUAAGAUACUGCUUAUUAGGUUCAAAGCAAUUCACGGCCUUGCUCCUAAAUACCUAUGCGAUUUACUAACAUUUAAAUCGUCCUUAUAUAACCUUAGAUCUUCAGAUAGUAUUCUACUUUCUAUGCCAGCUGCUCGAUCGAAGACGUUAGGUGAUAGAGCUUUUAUGGUAGCGGCGUCAAGGCUCUGGAACUCUCUUCAAAAAGAACUUCGUGCGAUUACUAAUGUGAACAGUUUUAAGGCGCAUUUUAAGACUUAUCUUUUCAAAACUUUAUUUGGUGAGUAA